GUGAGCAUGCAGAAACGACAGCCACAGAGCCAACCCCUUGCCCGCCAGCCGCACAGGAAGCCCCGGGGGCCUCGUGGGUAGCACAAGCCGGGGGCUAGGACAGUCCAUCUGGAGUGUGGGAAAGGCUCUUGAAACCAGGGUCAGAGGCCCAGAUGGAGAAAAAGCCCAGGAAAAGGAGCCCCAGACAGGAGGAGGCAAGGACAGGUGAGGACGUGUGUCCAGGGACUGUCCAGGAGGAGAAUGCCUUCAAGUGCAGUGGGUGCAGGAAAGUGUUUAACAAGAAACCUCUCCUUGUUGGACACGAAAAAAUCCACUCUGGAGUGAAGCCGUACCAGUGCACAGAAUGUGGGAAGAUGUUUAUCAAGAGCACGCACCUUCUGCAGCACCAGAUGAUCCACACCGGGGAGAGGCCCUAUGAGUGCCUCGGGAAAGCCUUCAACCGCAAGUCGUACCUCACCCAGCACCAGUGCAUCCACAGUGGGGAGAAGCCCUACAAGUGUGGGGAGUGCGGGAAGGCCUUCACCCACCGCUCCAACUUUGUCCUGCAUAGCCGGCGGCACAGUGGAGAGAAGUCUUUCCUGUGCACAGAGUGCAGACAGGUGUUUCAACACCGGGGAGGGUUCCUGAGACACUACAUGGUCCACGGUCCCUACAAGUGCUUUGUGUGGGGGAAGGUCUUCAAGCACAGGUCAUACCUCAUGUGGCACCAGCAGACGCACACGGGGGAGAAACCCUUCGAGUGCAGCGAAUGCGGGAAGGUGUUUUGUGAAAGCGCUGCCCUGAUCCACCACUAUGUCAUCCACACGGGAGAGAAGCCCUUUGAGUGUCUCCAGUGCGGGAAGGCCUUCAACCACAGGUCCUACCUCAAGAGGCACCAGCGCAUCCACACGGGCGAGAAGCCCUAUGUGUGCAGUGAGUAUGGAAAAGCCUUCACCCACUGCUCCACCUUCAUCCUGCACAAAAGGGCCCACACCGGAGAAAAGCCUUUUGCAUGCAAGGAAUGUGGGAAAGCCUUCAGCAAUAGGGCGGACCUGAUCCUGCACUUCAGCAUCCACUCUGGGGAGAAGCCCUAUGAGUGCAUGUAGUGUGGGAGGGCCUUCAACUGAAGGUUGGGCCUCACGUGGCACAAGCGGAUUCACAGUGGGGAGAAGUCCUAUGAGUGUAUCGAGUGUGGGAAGUCAUUCUGCUGGAGUACAAACCUCAUCCAACAUGCCAUCAUCCACACGGGGGAGAAGCCCUAUCAGUGCAUGUGGCAAGGCCUUCAGCUGCAGCUCCUCUGUCAGCACCAAAAGAAACACAGAGGGAGAAACCCCGCCUGCAAGGCAGGCGGUGGGAGGACUUUCAUGAGCAUGCAUGCCUCGGUGACCCUCCAGGAACUCCUGGUGGGGAGAGGCUUUGUGAACGGACCCACUGGGGAAAGAUUGCCAAAAGGAACAUCUUUCUUGGCAUCUGGUCAUGUAUGCCAAAGAGAAAGUCCACAAGUAUCUCCCCUAUGAGGAAUCUUCAGUGACAGUCUUUCUUGUCAUCUAAAGACAUCUAAAAACCAACUUGGCAUAGAGCAUUAUUCUCAUCUGAGACUUUAUCUAAUUGAUGUUCAAGGGUUUUGAUCACAUAGAAAAAUAUCUUUAGCUAUGUCUCUCUUCUAGUUUACAGUGCAAAUUAUCUCAGGAAUUGUUUUUAAAAGGAGAGGUAGAAAAUGCAGUGCAAGCCCUGGUCUCUGGGGAGCAGUCUGCCCAGACUUCGGCCCUCUGUCUGUCUGUCUGACUGGCUGGUAUCAGAGGUGAAGGCCUUAGCCUUGCUUUGUCUUAGGUGUGUGUACGCACUUUGCUGCCCGGUGUCAGGAGUGAGACACUCCAGUAGGCUGCAGGUGUCUUACUCAUACUUACUGUGUUCUGCAGUAGCUUAUUAGGGGGCUUGAGCGAUGAAACGCUUUUAUGUUUAAAGCAAUAAUGCACAUUUGAAUGAACAUAUUUUAUUGUACUGUUAUGAUCAUUUAAGGCUUGAAUUGUAAAAGAAGCAAACUUUUGUGUGGUUUUAAAAACCAACCAAAGCUAUUAUGUUGACUUGUAAUCCAACCUUUGGAUAGCAGAGAAGGAAAGAGCUACAGUUCUGUGCCAGCCUGGACUACAAAGCUAGACCUAGACUCAAAAGAGAGAAACGCUUGUUCUUGGCCUUCUGUCUGACUGCUGUAGCUGUGUAUACCUCUGUUAUUUAAAACUGAUGUAGCAUUUCUAGUUCCUUCCAGCACUGUUGGGCAUUUUUUUUUAUCAGUUUUCUUGACUCUCCGUCUGCUUCCCUAACCCUCCUCCCUGCUUCAUCCCACUUUUCCCCCACUCCCUUUUUGUGUGAGAGACAAAGUCUCCCCAUGUCCCAGGCUGUUCCUCCACUCCAGGGCUCACUUGUGAGCCGCUGGUGCUCACAACCACCUGUUCCACUGUACCUGGCUGUAUUCUCUGGUCUUUGUCAGUAUUUAUCCUUUUUUUUUUGUUGUUCAUUUCAAACUCAUUAGCACUUACAUUAGUUUAGGGUUGUUGUGUGUGUUUCCUUCUGUGUUUAUUUUUUGGGGCAGUACUAGGGUUUGAACUCAAGACCUCAGCUUUUCUAGGCAGGUGCUCUACAAAUGAGCCACUCCUCCAGCCCUUCCGUGCACUGGUUAUUUUGUCUCUGGCCUGCUGUUCAAACUUCCUGUCAAUAAAAUUGAGUGAGUUCAAAUUUCAGUAACAGACAUUAAAUACUGUUUCCUUAAAAAAGCAAAAAGUCAGGGUUGGAAGCAUGGCUCAAUGGGUAGAGUGCUAGCUAGUGAGAGAAAGCAGCAGGUACCAAGUUAAGAGUUCUGUCUUGGACCUAAAAUAAAAGUAAUAAUUUCAAGGUGAUGACCUAUGAAAGUGUAACCCCUGUAAUUCUGUGAUGACAAGGACCAUAGAGGUGGGGCACGAGAAAGACCUUGUCUGCCAUUUGUGUGUGUGUGUGUGUGUGUGUGUGUGUGUGUGUGUGAAGUCUUGUAUUUCUGCAGGACUUACGCAUCAAGUACAUGGCUGAAAGCUAUCUGGUUUGGAGAUGCUGUUUUUAUUGCACUUUUCUGUAUGACACAAUGUAUAGAUCUAUGAGAGAGGUCUAUGGUGUGUAUGGAAUGUAAACAGUUUCUCAACUUUCAUUGCUGCUAUCUGAGCUGUAUUCGUUGGCCUCAUUGGAGAGAGAGCAACAGGAUACUGGCUUGAGUAUUCCUGUGUCAUUAAAUGCAGAAAGCUUAAGAGUGUGACUGCAGUCCUGGUUUCUUUUUCUGGUGAGAGCAGUAGCUGGCCCCAGCUGAGAGGCGGGACUCCCAUGGGUGUGAAGGUGGCCUUGUCUGGCGCAGUGGCAGAAAAGAGGCUGCUUCCUGGAAUGCUCCGUGGUUUAGUUUUGAAGGCCAAGGAUGUUUAAUCUGGGCUGGUGAUGCAGCCCAGUGGUUGAGUGCACCUGCCGGUGCACUGACUUCAGAGUUGGGAUGGCCAGGGUGGCUCUGUGGCAGAAUGUGCCCACCUAGGUGAUGCGGGGUGCUGGGCCCCAUCCUGGCUCCAUCUGAACAAAGUUCCUGUGCACUGCUUGGAAGCCGGCAUACUAACCUUUGUCUCUGCAUCUCUGGCCCCAGAGGUCCAGCUUGCGCCAGCGCCAGGCAAUUCCAAGAUGCCCAGGCUCCUCACAGCUGUCUGUCCUUACAGGUUCUGUGUGACCUCCCUCCAAAGGCCCUGCAGCCCCGGGACCCGGGGGGCUCAGCGUGGCCCACGAGGCCUCCUGAGCCUGCUUAGUACUGGUACGGCCUUGGGGGUCCGGGAGACUUGGCCCCUUUCCCUGCGUGUCCCGGGCCUCACCAACCUUCUCGUCCGAGCCCUUGAUACCCUGCGCCGGCUUCCGGUCCCUGUGAACGAGACGCGAAGCCAGGUGGGCGCCGUGGACCACACCGCCCAGUGCGAGCCGGUGCCCGUG